AUGGGAAUUUAGGAAAGAUAAUAAGUUAUUUUAAUUAGAUAAUGCUAAAGAAACUACAGAGAAGAUUCAGAUUAUAAUAUGAGAGAUUAGUGUAUAUGUGCUAAUAAUGCUGAUAUAGCUGUCUUUACAGAAGAUUUUAGAGCUCUUUAUCCAUAUAGGAAUGAUGCUUUAAAAUUUCGUGAAAUAAAAGUUUAUAGAGCCAAACUAUAUAAACUUUUUUCAGAAUUACAGCGGAUUAAGAAAUAAAAUAGUUAUUACAGAAUUAUAAGAGAGAUUUAUUCAAAUUAGAUAAAUUUUCAAUUUGAUUAGUUUGUAGAUAUUUUUUUGAUUCAAGAAGACUGA